AUGAUGGACACCCUAAUACCACCCUCGGCUUAUACGACAACUCAAUUGAGAAAAUAUCUAAAAUACCUCGCUCUACCAGCUCACUAUACGAAAUAUAUCACCAACCCAGAAUCAUUCCCCAAAAGCGAAGAGGCACUCAAAGACCUCUUCCGGUGCCAGAUCACUCGAUUCCCAUACGACAACCUCACAUGCCAUUACUCCGCAACCCAAUUAGCAGAGAUCCAGCCCGAGCAAAUCUACGCCAAAAUCAUCGGAUACGAUGACACAGCCCCAUCAUGCAGAGGAGGCUAUUGCCUAGAAGUCAGCAUAUUCUUCCACCACAUGCUGCGCGGCCUAGGGUUCUCCGUGUACAUGACCGGUGUGCGCAAUCGGGAAAGGAUAGAUGGUAUACCGCAAGGAGAAUACAAAGGAUGGACACAUAUUGUUAACAUUGUGCGGUUACCCAGUGGUGCGGAGUACCACUUGGACGCAGCAUUCGGUGGAGAUGGGCCAACAAGUCCCCUGCCGCUCAUCUCGGGGCAGAUCACGCAGAACUUGGGGUCUCAGGAAGUGCGACUGGUUUAUGGUAAUAUGCCUAAGCAGACGCGUAAGGAGCAGAAGGUUUGGAUGUAUCAGUAUCGCAAUUCUGUGGAUAAACCGUGGAACUCUUUCUAUGCGUUUGCAGAGUUGGAGUUUUUCCAGGAUGAUUUUGAGGUGAUGAAUCGGUUUACGAGUUGGGAUGCGGUUCAGAAACGAAGUUUUGUUGUUGUCAAGUUCAUUCGCAAUGGGGAGACUGCCGGACUGCCUUUGUUGGAGGGAGAGGGCUUAGAGGGCCCGGACGAUGUUUCUGUGGUAGGGAAGAUUAUGAUGGUGAACAAUGUGGUUAAGUUGAAUAUGGGCGGGAGAACGAGGGUUAUUGAUUCUUUUGAGACGAAGGAAGGGAGAUUUGAAGCGCUGAAGAAAUGGUUCUCUAUUUGUUUGUGA